GAGCUCAGAGUGCGACACGUGGACUUUUAGUGGUACUGUAGCGCCAGACACUGUAGCACUGCGGUACUGUAGCGGCACUGUAGCUACUGUGCGAUACUGUAGCAUCAAAACGAGGGUUAGAGCUCGGGCCAGCCCAGGUUGCUGGGUCCCACCUUGCCCUCGGGCCUGGGCUGUCCGCUGGAACACCUUUUUUUUUUUUCCUCCCCUAGCCUCGGGCUGGGCUGUGCCGCUGGAGAAGCUCUUAAGCUUGAGAGGGUGCCCGGAAGAAAGGUUUGGGUGUAUGUAGAAACGUAACCCCCCCUUCUUGCGGCAUUGUGCAGUCAGUCAGUGUGUGGAAUUUCGGACCCAAGACUCUCCCGGGUUUUUCUUUAUUUCCCGUUUCAAAAGGCAGAAUGUAAGGUGCUCUCAGCCGUUGGAUGAGACGUUUCCUCAAGAUGCGCGUUGAAUUCCAACGACUUUUGACGCCCUUCAAUUUUGCAACUGCCUCUUGAAAUUGUCUGCUCUUCUCAAAGGGACAAGUCUUACCCAGAAACAAAGCCUCAAAGCCGAGUUCAAGGAAGCAAGCGCCCUGGUUUCGAUUUCUUAUACGGUUAUUCAUUAAAUUUUUCAUUUUUUCACUUUUUUUUUUCGAUUUAUAUUUUUGUGUUUACGAAAACCCAAUAGUUUUAUAACUCUGUGUUUCUGUAUUUGUUGCAGAGUUGUUGCAUUUUCUUCUUUCCCAACAUGGCAGGAAGAAAGUGAGGCGCUAAUUGGAUCCUGAUGUAAGUGUACUCCAUAGAAAAAGAUAUAUUGACAUCACCAUAACUAGAUUGGAGAAUUGGUGCUUGUGACUCGAGUGUAGAGGACAAAAGUGGCCAGAGUUUCUGAUUUAUUCAGCACAAGUCAGAGGUGUUAUCUGUGGCCUCUUGAAACCAUUGAGUGAGUAGGUUGAGUUCAAAACAUAAGCAGAAUGGACUUCAGUGAUGGGUUUGUAUCAAAAGAGCAUCUGGAGCUUCACCGAUCUGCUUCAGAAAGUGCAGAUCCAUUAUCUGUGUCUCCACUGCACAUUUCUCCAAGGUCUCCAAGGUCUCCAAGGUCUCCAAAGUCCCCAAAAACUCCCAAGUCCCCCAAGUCUCCAAGGUCUCCAAAGAUGCAGGGCAAACAUGGAAAAGGAAGCCCACUCAAGCAAGAUAGGCAUUCACAUUCUUCAGUAGAUGGGCGUCCUAAAAAGGGUGGUUGUGGGGGUAAAGGCACCUGGGGAGGGUUACUUGAUACAGAUGAAAAUGACGUUCUUGACCCAAAUGACCCAAACUUCAAUAGCAGUGAGGAAUGUGAAAAUCCAAUUGCAAAAAAAGAGAGGGUCGACUUUGAGGAGUACAAAAAGAAAGCUACAAUAAUAGUGGAGGAAUACUUUACUACUGAUGACAUUACCUCAACUGCAAAUGAAUUUAGAGAACUUGAUAGACCUAACUACAGCUAUUAUUUUGUAAAGAAGCUUGUCUCUAAGGCUAUGGAUAGGCAUGACAAAGAGAAAGAAAUGGCUGCUGUUCUUUUAUCUGCACUAUAUGCUGAAUUCAUUGAUCCCCCACAAGUUUACAAAGGUUUCUGUAAACUGGUAGAAUGCGCAGAUGACUUGAUUGUGGAUAUCCCAGAUACAGUUGAUGUUCUUGCACUGUUCAUUGCCCGGGCUGUGGUUGAUGACAUACUUCCUCCUGCAUUCCUAAAAAAAGAAAUGAAUUACUUACCUAAAGAUUCAAAGGGUGUUGAAGUCUUGAAAAGAGCUGACAAGGGCUACUUAGCAGCACCACUUCAUGCAGAAAUCAUUGAGCGGCGAUGGGGAGGUAGCAAAAAAAGGACCGUUGAGGAUGUUAAGGCCAAGAUAAACAAUUUGUUGAUAGAGUACGUAGUGAGUGGUGAUAAGAAAGAGGCAUGCAGAUGCAUCAAGGAUUUGAAAGUUCCUUUUUUCCAUCAUGAAAUAGUUAAACGAGCUCUUGUAAUGGCAAUGGAGAGGCGGCAAGCUGAAGGCCGGCUACUAGAUCUGCUGAAAGAAGCUGCUGAAGAGGGUUUAAUUAACUCGAGCCAAGUAUCAAAAGGCUUUGGUAGGAUGAUUGACUAUGUUGAUGACUUAUCACUGGACAUACCAAAUGCGCGGGGCAUUUUGCAGUCAUUGAUCUCUAAGGCAGCAUCAGAAGGCUGGUUGUGUGCUUCAUCUUUGAAGUCACUCUCUUUGGAGCCAGAAAAGCGAUCAUUAGAAGAUAGUGUUGCCAGAAUUUUCAAGACAAAGGCUCAAUCUAUUAUUCAAGAGUACUUCUUGUCUGGGGAUAUCUUAGAGGUAAACAGUUGUCUAGAGUCAGAGAACAGUACUUAUUCGUCUGAGCUGAAUGCUAUCUUUGUUAAAAGAUUGAUAACUCUAGCAAUGGAUCGGAAGAAUAGGGAGAAGGAAAUGGCAUCAGUCUUACUGUCAUCCCUGUGUUUUCCAGCUGAUGAUGUUGUGAAUGGGUUUGUAAUGCUGAUAGAAUCAGCAGAUGACACAGCUCUGGAUAAUCCAGUUGUGGUUGAGGAUCUUGCAAUGUUUCUUGCUAGGUCUGUGGUGGAUGAAGUCCUAGCCCCACAACACUUGGAAGAGAUUGGAAGUCAGUGCGCGGCACCAGAGUCCAUUGGGAGCAAGGUUCUUAAAAUGGCAAAGUCAUUGCUAAAGGCUCGACUUUCUGGGGAGCGGAUACUAAGGUGUUGGGGUGGUGGAGGAAGCAGCAGACCUGGAUGGGCAGUUGAGGACGUUAAGGACAAGAUUGGAAAGUUGCUAGAAGAGUUUGAGUCUGGAGGGGGCGUCAGAGAGGCUUGCCGGUGCAUGAAGGAAUUAGGCAUGCCAUUUUUCAAUCAUGAGGUUGUCAAAAAAGCUUUGGUGGCAAUUAUGGAAAAGAAGAAUGAAAGACUUUGGAUUUUGCUUGAGGAAUGUUUUGGCUCUGGACUCAUAACAAUGAACCAAAUGACAAAGGGGUUUGGGAGAGUAGCAGAGUCUCUAGAAGACUUGGCUUUGGAUGUCCCUGAUGUCCAGAAGCAGUUUACCCGUUAUGUUGAGCGAGCGAAGAAUGCAGGGUGGUUGGAUUCCUCAUUUAGUUUCAGCAAAUCAGGACACAUUACAGAGAAUGGCACUGGCUAACUUGUUAACUUGUAUUCCAAUUUGUCUGAUUGUAAAUGCGAUGUGAGUGCAUAAGCACAAACACAUGUAUGCAAACAAGCAUAUUCAUAAGUGCAAUACAACACACAUUGUAAA